AUGGCUUCUGUUAUGUACGCCGUAUUCCAUUUUGCUGCGUUGCAGUGCUCGGCCCGUCCGGAGAUAUCGCCGUGCACGUGCGAAAUGGGCAAAGCCUUCAACCACGUCGAGCUCGCCUGCGAGAAGCUCGAGUCCUUCAACGCUGUCGUCGACAGCCUGGCCAAUAAGCUGAACGCCGAUGUGAAUAUCGAUCUGAAAAUAACCCAUUCGCAACUGGACGAUCUGGAGAUGAGAUCGUUCAGGGAUAUGAACUUUAACAUCUACAAGCUGCGCAUGCAAUGGAACGGACUAAGAUCGCUGCCCGAGCUGCCAUUUCGCGGGUUAUCGAAUGUCACCUACUUAAGCGUCGCCGACAACGAACUCGACGAGAUUCCGAAGCACGUCUUGAAUCAUAUGCCGCUGCUGCAGACCUUCGACAUCAGCCGCUGCAACAUACGAGUCGUGCAGCAGGAGGAUCUCAGAGGCAUUCAGAAGAUCACGAAUUUGAUAUUACCCAGCAAUAAUAUAACUAGAUUGGAUCGUGGCGCCUUUCCGCUCAGCCUGCUCAUCCUGCACUUGGGUCGAAAUCAACUGGAAUCGCUGAAUGGAUCGCUGGCCGAAUUGACCAAUCUCCACUCACUGUUUAUCAAUGCGAACAAUAUCAGCGAUCUCGAUAAGGAGCUACCCGACGGGAGUAAGCUGCGUCUGCUGAUGGCGCACAACAAUCGACUGGAGCAUCUGCCCCUGAACAUGGCCACCAUGGACGAUCUGGAGAUCAUUCAUUUGCACUUCAAUCGCUUGAGAUCGUUCGAUCGUGUGCUGCGGAACGCCCAGCACUUGACCGAGCUGCUCGCGAAUAACAACGAGCUGGAGUUUUUGGCUCAGGAUGAGUUUCAGUCGUGCCGGCAGUUGGAUACGUUGAAUCUGGCCUGCAAUCAUAUCCGUUCGCUGAACUUCUCGCUGCAUCCGAUGGUGAAGCUGACGAGGGGCAACUUCUCGUUCAACGACAUUGAGGAGUUCUCCAUGGAGGAGCUGCACGGCAUGCGCUCCCUCAGGGUACUCGAUCUCUCCUACAAUCGCAUACAGCGUCUGCUGCCAGCCUACAAGCACAGCCCGGAGCUGGCGCUCAUCGAUCUGCGUCUCGAUCACAAUCAAAUUAUUACUCUGGACUCCGCUUUGGCGGGCUUAAGUCAUCUGCGCAUACUCAGCCUGCCAGAGAAUCGAAUCGAAUACAUACUCCCAGGAGACUUGAAUGGCAUGAAUCGAUUGGAAAUACUCGAUCUGACCGCCAAUCAACUGGUCGAACUGAAGCAGCUGGAAACGACUCUGCUGCCCAGCUUGAAGAUCCUGAAGGUGGCCUAUAACAACAUCACGAAGCUGGAGCGCGACUUCUACGGGCUGCCAAUGCUCUGCCAGGUCAACCUGACCAACAAUCAAAUCUCGAGCAUCUCCAGCGAACUCGUCACCAAUACGCGCUGCAAGAAUCACAAUGUUCCUGGCAAAUUGGAGAUGUUUUUGGAUGACAAUCCCAUCAUGUGUGAUGUGCGCCUGAACGAGCUGUGCCGCUUGAUGAUCGCGCAGGAUGCGCGCAUUCGGGGCCGAUCGCAGUGCUUUGAGAACGAUCAGGAGGUGUGCACGGUGCUGCCAAUGCUCUACAAUUACGAUUUGCCGCUGCUGGUGACCAAGCUGAAGAUCGUCGAUGCAGAGGAUGCCAAGCCACUGGUCCAAAUGCUCGUGCCCUCGCCCAUCUUGAUCAAGAACAAGGACGAGCUGCUGCCGCCGAUAAUUGCGACACUCGGACAGCCGUUGAUCAAUCCGGUCAUAAUAGCUGCACCACCGGUAGUGCCACCCACAUUGCUGCUGGCCGCAGCCACAACCACGCCACCGUCUGCGCCAGUGCUCGAGGAAGCCAAUACAACGAACCCAACAACAACAACAACAACAACAACAACGUCAACGACUUCGGCAACAACCACGACGACAACGUUUCCUCCUCCUAUUAGUGCAGGUACAACACCCACUCCGGUUAAUCCCAUGGAAAUGGUAACCACCACAGCACCAACCACGACAACCACCAGCACCACAACGCCGCAACCGAAUGAUACGCUGCCCGUUGUCCUGGACAUCGAGGAGCCCAAUCAGAUGAAGCCGUCACAGAUGAACGCCACAGCCGAAGCUGUGGAGCUGCCUCCAGGCUCGGUGCCAGAGCCGAAGCCGAAGCCGGCAGAGCAAACGGAGGCCGAUACUGUGGCUAAGACAGAGUAUGAGACGGUCGAGUAUAUACCGAAUGUGGUGCUGGUGCCGACGCCGAUGCCGAUGCCGAUGCCAGCGAGCAAAUCGAAUUUGCUCGAUGAGGAUGCCGAUUCGCAGUCCAAUUCGGUGCACGAGGAGUAUCCGUCGGUGCUGCUCGGCGAUGUGGAGCACGCGGCACAGAAUCUGCAAAUACCCGAAGAGCCGCCGGAGCAGUGAGGAGCCACAAAACGAAGAAGAAGAAGAAGAAAUAACUAAAUCUAAAAAAAUACACAACACAAGAAUUAUUUAACUGUAAAGGCGCUGGCAGGCGUAGGCGUGGGCGUAGCGUGUUUUUGGGGGGCGUGGCAUGCAACGUGAGAAAAGGAGAAACUUUUUUGGAUUGUAUGUCUUAAGUUAAUCUAAGUUUAAACGCGAAAUCGAAUCGAACAAAUAAUAUCAAAGCAAAGAGAAAGUUAAAAAAAAAAGCAGAAAAUUUUCGAGCGGAUCGACCCGAACAGACGAAAGGACGAACGAAACUUAGGACAGGCUUUAAGGUAUAAGUCGAAUGCUGGGCGGGUGGGGCACACAACUUGGGGGUGGGUACAGCUUGUCUGGCCAGUAGGAGGAGAGCGAAUAUAAAUAUUUAAAUAACUGUAUACACCAUAUACAUACGUUGAAAAGUUUUACAAGUAGGUACUUAGAGUUAAACAAAAAAAAAAAAAACACAGAAAUCCAGCAAAAAAAAUAAAUAAGCGAAAAGUUAAUGUUA